AUUUCAAGCAAUUUUGUUUGACCCAAAUUUCGCGAUUUCUUUCUUCAACCACGACCGACUCGACGACUUCGCCCAGCGCCGACACACACAACCUCCGAAAUGGCUCCCAAGGACAACAAGAAAGGCGGCGCCUCCAAGGCCGGCAAGGGUGCUCAGGCCAAGAAGGCUGCCCAGGCCGCCCUGAAGGGUGUGCACUCGCACAAGAAGACCAAGGUCCGCCACACGACCACCUUCCACCGGCCUAAGACCCUCGUCCUGUCGCGCGCCCCCAAGUACCCGCGCAAGUCGAUCCCUCACGCGCCCCGGCUCGAUGAGCACAAGAUCAUCGUCCACCCUCUCAACACUGAGGGCGCCCUGAAGAAGAUCGAGGAACAGAACACCCUCGUCUUCAUCGUCGAUGUCAAGGCCAACAAGGCCCAGAUCAAGCAGGCCCUCAAGAAGCUCUACGACAUUGACACCGUCAAGAUCAACACCCUGAUCCGCCCUGACGGCUCCAAGAAGGCGUUUGCCCGCCUGACUCCAGAUGUCGAUGCUCUCGACAUUGCUGCCACCAAGCUUAACCUCGUCUAAACUUGUUAUUCUGGCUGGGAGCUGAGGGGGGAAAAAACGGUCGGUCGGCACAUGGAAGGGUCAUGGGUUGCAUUUUAAUCGGCGUCAGAUACCUGGGCUUGGGCACGAUUUGGCAAUGAAAAGGACGAAUUGACACCACCCUUUGUAUCUGGGCCCUCCUGUUUCAGCGACUUGCUGCAGAUCUCGCCGGUAGCUGCUCGAAGACGACGAGCCGAGGCCUGAGAUGUCUUCCACACCACGAGGGGCCCAUGGAGCCAAGACGUAGCAAAUGCAAAUAGAUCGCACCAUGG